UUUUUCAGUUUUUGAGGCGCAGCAUUUUCUCCGUUUGUCUGUUUCAUUUCCGUCAUGUUGAUGUCAUGUUGAUAUCAUGUGAUUUCGAGCCGUUUAUUUGUGUCACGUCAACUGGUGUUGCCUUAAAAUGGCUCUAAAUGUGGGUUAUUUACUCGUAUCGAUGCUGCUGAUCGGCACCUGCGGAGCCGAAUACGAACCGAAUUGGAAGUCCAUCGACUCCAGACCGCUGCCCCAGUGGUACGACCAGGCCAAGUUCGGCAUCUUCAUUCACUGGGGGGUGUUUUCUGUGCCCAGCUUCGGCAGCGAGUGGUUCUGGUGGUACUGGCAGAAGCAGAAACUAAACCCGUAUGUUGACUUCAUGCAGAAGAAUUAUCCUCCAGACUUUAAGUAUCAAGACUUUGCACCUCAAUUCACCGCUGAGUUCUUCGACGCCAAAGAAUGGACGGACAUCUUUGUCUCAUCGGGAGCAAAGUACAUCGUCCUGACUACGAAACACCACGAAGGUUUCACACUUUGGGGCUCAAAAAACUCAUGGAACUGGAACGCCGUAGACGUUGGACCAAAGAGAGACCUGGUGGGCGAGGUGGUGGACGCUCUACGCAGUUACAGCGACCUGCGUUUAGGACUCUACCACUCUUUGUUUGAGUGGUUUAACCCACUAUUUGAGCAGGACGCUGCCAAUGUUUUUACUACCAACUACUUCCCCACCACUAAAACUCUGCCUGAGCUUUACGAGCUCGUUGUCAAGUACAAACCGGAGGUGCUUUGGUCCGAUGGGGACGGAGACGCUCCUGACAAAUACUGGAACAGCACAGGUUUCUUGGCCUGGCUCUAUAAUGACAGUCCAGUACGAGACACUGUGGUGACAAAUGAUCGGUGGGGUCAGGGCUCCAUCUGCACCCACGGCGGUUAUUACACUUGCACCGAUCGCUACCAGCCAGGACACCUGCUCCAACACAAAUGGGAAAACUGCAUGACCAUCGACAGCAAGUCCUGGGGUUACAGAAGAAACGCUCCUCUCAGCGACUACCUCAGCAUCGAGGAGCUGGUGGCGACACUAGUAGAAACUGUGUCCUGCGGAGGAAACCUGCUGAUGAACAUCGGCCCGACACAUGACGGAAGAAUUGCUCCGAUCUUUGAGGAGCGUCUGAGGCAGAUGGGUCAGUGGCUGAAGGUGAACGGGGAGGCGAUUUACAAAACAACAGCGUGGCGAGCUCAGAAAGAAAGCGUCACUCCACAUGUCUGGUACACCUCCAGACCUCAGGAAAAGUCCAUCUUUGCCAUUUUGCUCGAGUGGCCGAAUAACGGAUCAGUGAUUCUGAAUGAACCGGUGGUUACACAAGGACAAACUCAGGUAGAGCUUCUCGGUCACGGGUCUCUGCAGUGGGAGCCUGUAAAGCCCAGCGGACUGCAGGUUCUGCUGCCCCAGCUGUCCUUCAGCCAGAUGCCAUGCCAGUGGGCCUGGACACUGAGGCUGACAGGUGCCACUUAAAGGAACCUAAAGAGGAACCGACAGAGCGACCCAACUCUUAUAUGUUCAAAUUACUGAACACAACUGGUAUUGUCAUGAAAUCGGUGAUAUUCUGGGAACAAAAAGGGCACAUGGUACUGUGAUUUGUACUAUGAUGAAAAAUGUCUUUUUUAAAUAAUCAUGCAGGGAAUCAAGAAUAAGCAUUUUACAUGAUUAUGAUAAAGGUUGUACAGUGUGAGUGAAAAGUCAUCUUUAAGUCUAGAAACAUCUAUGAAAACCUUGCUAUACCAUGUGUGCAUUAAACUAAUGACUAGAUGUGACAUUUAUGACCUUUGAUGUCAAAACAUCGGGGAAUAUGUUUGAGCUUUUGAUUUUUGGUACAAAAUUCUGCACUUUUGUUACUAUUUUUACAUAUUCCGUGAUUUUUAAGAAAUCUGUCGCACUGGUCAGUGUGGCUUUAGGUGAAGGAAUGUUCAACCAUAUGAACCCCAAAACCCACCAGGGGAUUUGACAGGCAUGUUAUUGCCAAAAAAAAAAAAAAAAAAAAAUCAACAAAAUUACACAAUUUAUCAGAGCCUGAAACUGUAAAAAAAAAAAAAAAAAACCACAAGCUGUUCCAUCUGGAAAAUUAACUAAAUCUAAGUUGAAAAUUGUAAUAUUUGAUCAAAAUCAUUUUAUUGUACAUAUCGAAUUAAAAAAUUCACUAGAAGAUAAACAGUUUGCAACAGAUAAGGCAAAUAAUAAAUGAAAUAAACAAAGCAUGGCUCCAAAACCGUUUACAGAGGGCCAAGCUGUCGGCCCUACUACUAAUUUUUAUAAAUUAGUAGUAAAAUAUCUCUAGUAAGUGGAGCUACUAUUUCUUCCUGUAUUGACAACACUUUGGAGUCUAAAAUCAACAUGUUCUUCAUGUUGAUUUCUGUAUUUUUCUAUUCUUGCAAAGCAAAUAAUCAAAGAAAUUAAUCUUUAGCUUGUUCUUUUUUAAUAUAAUUUAUGGCAUUAUAACGUUCUCAUACAUUUUUGAGCUCCCUCUGCUUCCACCCAUGGUUGUUCUGUUUCCAUAGAGGUGCAGGAUCUCAUCUAGCAGUGAAAAAUGAGCCAACAAUGAGGUAAACUAUUUGGGUUAUUUUUGCUUGUUUGUUUUUUUAAUCACCCAAAGUGACACCAUUUAUAAGACAUGGGAAACCAGGAAGAAUAAUUGGAUUGGAUUUAUUAUUAAAUAAAGUGUUUGUAGGAACCAGAUAGUUCUAAGACUUUUUGGCUGACCUGCAGGCUGUUUCCACUGUUGUUCUAUUUUUAUUUGUUUGUUGUUUAUUAUUUGCCUUUUUUUCUGUAAACUAUCUUUGAGUGCCCUGAAAAGUGCUAUAGAAAUAAAAUGUAUUACUAUUAUUAUUACUGGUAACACCUGUGCCCACUUGGAAAAAUAUUGCACACUUAAACUCUGGGAUUUUGCUUUUUUUUCCUAACAUAAAUAAACUUCUUUUAAUGAUUUA